UGUGUGAUUUGCUUUAUAUAGAUGAAACUGAGGUAAUAUUUACUUUUUGUUGGUGCAUAUAUAUAUAUAUAUAUAUAUAUAACUAACAGAAGAAGUCUAAAAAAGAAAAUCCAUAUCUGACCACCGCCUGAUCUGCCAUGCCUACCAUUUCUCCGCUCCUUCUUCUUUCAUUCCUUACUUAUCUUCCCAUUCUCACUGCCCAGCCUGACCUGAGAUAUGCCUCUUGUUUCAACGAUAGAGGUAACUAUACAAAUACGAGCACGUACCAAAGCAGCUUCAAUAUCCUUGUUUCAGAGCUCACUUCCAACACACAAAUUGACUAUGGCUUCAACAAUUUCUCCCACGGUCAAAGUCCAGACAGAGUUAGCUUAAUUGGGUUGUGUAGAGGAGAUGUUAAACCAAACGAAUGUCGUAGUUGCCUCAACAAUGCCUCAAUUCUCGUCCCAAAGUCGUGCCCGAAUCGGAAGGAGGCCAUGGGAGGCUAUGACGAAUGCUUUCUGCGAUACUCGAACCGUUCAAUAUUUGGGGUCAUGGAAACAGACCCUUCAUAUUACUUGUGGAAUCCGAAUAACGCAACAGACGUGGAAAAUUACAACAAAGUGGUCAGCGACUUGUUGGGUCGACUGAGAAUAAAAGCUGCGGCUGGAGAUUCACUUGGCAAGUAUGCAGCAGCAAAUGAAUCGGCGGGCAAUUUUCAAACCGCAUUUGGGGCAGUUCAGUGCACUCUUGACUUGUCUGAGCAAGAAUGCUCCGACUGCUUGACGGCGGCGAUCUCAGAAAUUCCAAAAUGUUGUUCCACAAAGACAGGUGGCAGGGUCAUCAAACCCAGCUGCAAUAUUGGGUAUGAGAACUACAGAUUCUUCGAACCUGUGGCCGAGGAUUCACCACCACCACCGUCUCCUUUACUUCCUCCAACAGGGGAUGACAAAACAUCAAGAACCAUCAUUGCUGUUGUUGUGCCGAUUGCUGCAAUAAUCAUACUGAUCAUCUCUAUCUUCAUUUAUUUUAGAAUCAGGAAACCCAGAGAGACCAUUCAUACUGAUGAUGAAGCUGAACUUGAUGAUGAAAUUAAACCAACAGACUCAUUGCAACUAGACUUCGAAACCAUCAGAAAUGCAACAGAUAAUUUUUCUGAAGGAAAUAAACUUGGACAAGGUGGAUUUGGACCAGUCUACAAGGGCAAGCUCUACAAUGGAGAAGAAAUUGCUGUCAAAAGGUUAUCCAAGAAUUCUGGACAAGGAGAUAUAGAAUUUAAGAAUGAAGUAAUGUUGGUGGCCAAGCUUCAGCAUCGCAAUUUAGUGAGACUCCUUGGCUUCUGCUUGGAAAGAAGAGAAAGGCUACUCGUUUAUGAGUUUCUUCCCAAUAAAAGCCUUGACUAUUUAUUAUUUGAUCCAAGUCAACGUGCUAAACUAGAUUGGGAGUUACGCUACAAGAUUAUAGUGGGCAUUGCUCGUGGUCUUCUUUAUCUUCAUGAGGAUUCUCGACUACGAAUUAUUCAUCGUGAUCUCAAAGCAAGUAAUAUUCUUUUGGAUAAAGAGUUGAAUCCAAAAAUAUCAGAUUUUGGUAUGACAAGAUUGUUUGUUAUAGAUCAAACGCAAAGCAAUACUAGUAGAAUAGUUGGAACCUAUGGAUAUAUGGCUCCAGAGUAUUUAAUGCGUGGACAAUUCUUCAUAAAAUCUGAUGUCUUUAGUUUCGGUGUCCUACUCUUAGAAGUUAUAAGUGGGAAGAAAAACAGCUCCACCUUUCAUGGAGAGAAUUCACAUGAUGAUCUGCUAAGCUUUGCAUGGAAAAGUUGGAGGGAAGGGGCAGCCUCAAAUGUAAUAGAUCCUAUGUUAAACAAUGGAUCAAGAAAUGAAAUGAUGAGAUGCAUCCACAUUGGGUUACUAUGUGUUCAGGAAAAUGCACCUAACAGGCCAACAAUGGCUUCAGUCUCACUUAUGCUAAGUAGCCACUCUCUCUCUCUGCCAUUACCAUCACAACCUCCAUUUUUAACAAAUAGCAGUAGCUUAUCAGAGAUGAACUCAACGGAAUAUAGCUUAUCUAGGGUAACAACAUCAAGUGAAAGGAGAAGCAACUCUGUUGAAGCCUCAAAAAAUGAAGUCUCAAUUAGUGAGCUAUAUCCUCGUUAAUAAAUCCAACCUUGCAGGUGAUAUUCAAUGCUUUGAUUCUAAUUUGCAGGUUACUAUCCCUUCCAAAGAAAAAUUGAAAGCCUGUUGUUCAUCCGGAAAUAAAUGGACUCUCUAGCUAUUGAUGUACAAUUUUUUUCACAUAAAAUUUUGAAAUGUUUAAACUCAAUUCAUAAUAUUUCAAAGGUUCAAUUGUGCAAAGUUUCUAUCAGCGUUUCUACAAUUUCCAAGCUACUGAUGUAUCCAUCUUGGCCAAUUAAUCUCUAAAGAAAAAAAUGCAAAAAUAAAAAAAAAUAUUCAUGAGAAAUAUACAUAUCUCAUAUUCAAAUAUCUUUUUUUUUUAUUUUUACUAGUAAUAUUAUAUACACCCAUUUUUAAGAAUAUAAAUGUAAUGAUACUAGGUAUAUCAAAAAAUUAGUGUGAAGGAUAUAGGAGUAGAGGUGUGAAGAAUUUUGAGAAGUCCUCUAACCUAAAUGCUUGUCUUCUCAUCUCUGUCUCAUAGAAUUUUAAAAAACUAAAACCCUACUACUACAAUUAUAGAAUUUUAAUACUUUCUCAACUAAAAGAUGUAAUGUAUUUUUAAUCAAAUUUCAUCCUUAAUAAAGUAAUAAUUUAUCUUCCAACUAACAUUAUCUUUUUAUAUUUACUCUUAUUUAAUAGGAUAUUUCACUCUAAAAUAAAUAUAAAAUGCUUUAUUCAUAAGAUCACUUUUUGGAAAAAAGCAACAAUUAUACAUUGAAACGCUAAAAAUAUUUUAUAUUUUUUAACAUCCAACCUCCUAAAAAAUAUUUUAAUUUUUUUAAUGGAGGGAGUAUAUUAAAAUAUCUUUUAUUAUAUAAAUAAAUACACACACACAUAUAUAUACAUACUCCCUCUGAUCUGCAUUAUAAGACCAUUUCUAGAAGAUAUAUCUAGUCCCCAUUAUAAGUCACUGACAGCUAAAGACUUCCCAUUUUAAAGUGAAAUUUUAAAAAUACCCCUGACUACUUUACUCAUCUUUGUUCGGCUGACCUGACAUUUCACUGGCGUCUUCUCUCUUACUCUGUCUUUAUCCUUUUCUCUCACCAUCUUUGCUCGGUUUUUGUCGAUCGCCUCUUCCGUCGUCACCACCGAGCUCAUUGUUCCUCUAUUGCAAUUCCUCUGUUGCUGUUAUUCGCACAAGUGUUGCCGAUCAUUUUGUGGUGUGCAAUAUCUUUAGAUCUCACCAUUCAAGUCUGAUGGAGGAGUGUUUUGAGGGUCUGUCAUGGGAUCAACUAAUGGCAUGUGUAGUGGACGAUUCUCUUACCGGGGAAGAAGAUUCACUGCCGCUCGAGUUCUCUGGAGAGGUAAACUCUCUGAAUCAAAAGAUUUUGAGGGCUUCUCAUCCGAAUGGUUCUUCCUUCGUGUCUUCUAACUUCGAUGAGGUUGUGUGUGCGAAUAAAGCUCACUCGUUUAAUUUAAACGAAGAGGCAGUCGAGGAUGGUGAAGAAGUGAGUGACGACGAUACAGUGCUGGAGUUCACAAAAGUAAGUGAAAAGAAGAAGAUAGUCCACCCUUUCGACUUGAACAAGUUUCCAUUUCCUAAGGAAGACUAUGCACAUCUGACUGAGGAAGAGAAGGACCGUAAGCGAUUUGUGUAUGACACUUUAUAUUAUAUGCUCUAAUUUGUCUCAAAUUUCUAUACCUUUUGUAUAAUUUAGGUUAAUCUAGAAUUUAAGCUUAUGCUGAUUAAGAAGUAGGUCUGUGAUGCUCACGAUUUGUUAGUCUGAUGGAUGAUGAUAUUAUAUUGUGUUAAUCCUGUUGUGCUAAUUAUAUUUUGAAGGAUAUCAAA